ACGCAGGUGCACCAGCCCAACUGUUAACCACCUGUACACACACAUGGGGGCUUAUUUCGAUCGACGCCGCACAGGUGUUGUACAACGCGUCCAUAUGGAAAUGGGCCACGCCUGAAGAACCCCCAGCUGGAACGAACUCAGCAGCCCGAGGGUUUUGAACGAAGGAGGUAUCACCUUUUCUUUUUCAGGUCUGGAACAACGCUGCUUUCUAAUCGUAACAGAGAAUGGUAACACCAAUUUUUAAAGUGGGUCAACCUUCUUGGAUGUCUGCAGAGGGGCAACAUCACGAACAAAACAGUUUGAAACAAACGCAAGUCGAACGUUUCCGUUGAUUCUUCCAAGUUGCUCAAGUGACUCACAAGUUGUCGUCUGUCUUCUGUUGAAGGUAUAAAUGAAUGGCGAUGAAAAUCCAUUUGGAGGCAAAAGCAGCCGGCCAAACAAUUCGUCGGUGAGAAGAAUCGAUCCUACUACGUCGGACUGUGAAAUAGAUUACACGACGGCAAAUAAAAGACCGCAAAUUUUGGCUGCUUUGGCAGCUGCUUUCAGUGCGUUUGCCAUGGGCGCUACGUUGGGAUGGUCUUCGCCCGUUCAGCCUCAACUGCAACAGAAUUCCACGUUAAACGCCGUGACAGAUGGAAACAGCACGUGGUUUAUCAACCUGGAUGACGAUCAAAUCUCGUGGGUAGGAUCUUUAAUCAACAUCGGAGCUUCAAUCGGAGCCAUUUGCGGAGGCUAUUUGAUGGACAGAUUCGGACGGGUCCUCGUUUUGAUGGCCAUUUCCGUCCCUUAUUUAACUGGAUGGCUCCUGAUAGCCUUAGGUGUCAAUCCGGCGAUGUUGUACAUUGGCCGCUUAUUGGGCGGACUAGCAGCCGGAAUCAGUUGCGCAGUGGCUCCUUGUUACAUUGGUGAAAUAGCCACACCUAACGUUCGUGGAACUGUCGGCUUCUUUUUCUCUACCAAUAUCGGACUGGGCAUUUUAUUCACAAGUCUACUAGGACUCGGAUUGGACUGGCGAUGGAUCUCGGGCCUAUGUGCCAUCACUCCGCUUGUCCUCUUCACUAUUCUAUACCCUGUUCCUGAGUCCCCCUAUUUUCUCGUCAAAAACGGUGACGUCGAGAAGGCCAGCAAAAGUCUGCAAUGGCUUCGAGGAAGUCGAUUCAACGUGGAUGCUGAACUAACUCGGAUAAAAGCUCGUGUUAGCGAGGACAAAACGGAGAGGUUGCACUUGACAGACUUCCUACGACCGUGGGCUUACAAGCCCAUAUUGAUUGGAGUGGCCGUCAUGAUUUUCCAGCAAUUCUCCGGUCUCAACGCGGCCUUGUUUUACUCGGUUGAAAUCCUUCAAGUGGCCGGCUCUAAAUUAGACGCAUUGGUCGCUGCUGUGGUUGUCAUCAUAACGCUGCUCGUAGGCAAUUUUCUCGGAGCUGUUGUCGUCAGCAGAAUAGGCCGCCGUCCUUUGUUUAUGAUCUCUGAAGCAACGGCAUGUCUUUCCAUGUGCGCCCUUGGAGCCUAUUUUCACAUCUUAUCCAACGAUCAGGACACGGCUGGAUCGUUGUCAUGGUUACCGCUGACAUCACUCAUUGUGUUCAUCUCCGGAAUCGGCAUGGGACUGGGUCCGCUUCCUUGGUUAAUUUCCAGCGAGGUCCUACCGGCUAAAAUCAGAGGCCAGGGCAGUUCGAUUGCAGCGUUGGCUAAUUUCGGAUUGUCAUUUAUCGUCACCAAGACUUUCAUCGACAUCCAGCGUGCGGUAACGCCGGCAGGUGCGUUCUGGUUCUACGGUGGAUUCUGUUUCCUCGGUAUUCUGUUCGCCCUGUUCCUCCUUCCGGAAACGAAAGACAAGACGUCGGAAGAAAUUGGGGCUUUCUUCGCGGCCGAAGCCGUUGAACGCAAUCAACGUGAAUAAAGUUGGGGGUUUACGUUUGGUGCGUUAUAAGAUGACGAUUGCAGUGCGGAUGCUCUUUAAAGGUUUAGACAUCGAUUCAACGUGACGCUCAAACUGUAAGCUGCAGUGAGCAUAAACCAGUCAACAGCUUACACAGUUAAGUAUUAUCUAAAUUGUUAAAGUUGAUUAGAUGUGGCCUCUUAAUUAAAACCAACCAAAAACGAAACCGGAAGACUUGCUGAAAAUCGGAGAAAAUUUUUUUAAGUUAAAAUGCGGUUCAUCCGUCGCAUUAUUUUAUACUUGACUUACCUUUAUUGGGUUAUUAUUUGUUUAUAUUCACGUCUGGCUCAAGCCACGUGUAGUUUUCUCUCCCACCAUUUUUUCUUUUUAAUUUAUAUGUCCUUUAUACUGCUGAUUGUCCGUGAAAACGUUGUUGCAAUCACACGGGGGUCAGUGUACCAUGGGCUCGGUGUCAGGUAAUCGGUCAGUUUAUUAUUCGUUACGGAUUUUUCCUUUUUCGUCCACGCUAUGACACGCUCCGUCGGCUGUGACGCAUUUUUACUAUUUUACGAUGUUUUGUUUUGUUUUCGCGAACGCGGUCAAAGUAAAUCAGGGACGAGAACGAAGAACAAUCGAAAUGACACCCAAACAUCAUUCCACGUUCCAAAUUAAAAUUCACAUCUUUAAAAGGUUAAACUAAUUCAUUCCGUUUAAUUAUGAUGUCCAUCUUCAUCUAUACUUUAUGUCCUUUACUAGAAGAUUCCGCGUGCAUCUUUCACUUUAGCCGUCAUUCAGAAUUUGAAUGGCAGCUGCCAUCCGUGAGUUGAACGCUUUUCGUGAUGAUGCACUCACGAAAAAAAAAGGAUUAAUCAUUGAUUUAGAUAUUUUUGAUUAUCAGACGCUCAACUCUUUUCAACGAACUUUAUUGGGUAUCAACUCGAUGUCCACAAACUAAAGAAAGAGAAGGCCGCAUUUUUAACUUUGUUUAUCGACUCCUUCCACCACUAAUUUUCCCAAAACUCUUUACCCGCAAACAGAAACCUUCUUGCACCGCCCUACCAGUUUCAAUGAAAGAACGUCUAAUUUUCAACAUUGCUGAUAGACGCACUUGAAUUGCAGGUGCUCACGUUGCGAACAUGCAAGGUCUGCUCCGUGACGGCUUCAUUUGGAGCCAACUACUCACGAUUCAGAGAUAGUUGUUUAUCACUCAGCUACCUGUUUUCCUUCUACUGCCUUUUUCAUGUGACUGUAUAUGCCCCCCGCAAAGGAUUACUUACAUUUCAAUCCUUUUCAAAAAGCUAUACUGUUCAACGGAACGAGCUUCUCUUGUUAUUUCCGUCUCGUCCGACCUCGAACCUUCCAUUUGUUGGACCGUAACUGAUUCGCGUCUAUUGUGCUGCCAAGAAAGGCUCGGAGCAAUUUUUUUAAAGUGUCAUCGUCGAAGACUAACGGGAGCGCUCAAUUAUUUGAUCAUCAAGGCUUUCAGCGUUUCAAGUUCAAACUGCCCCAUUCAAAUAUGGUAGCAUAAAAAAAUUUAUAAUUCCGUUUUUUUUUUGGUACGACGUUAUGUAAGGUAUUCUAACUAAGAAAUUUGAGUUACUUUCUAUAGCAUUUGCUUUUUGAAUGUAAAGGCUUUCGUUAUGCACGAGCAAAAACACUUUGAAGUUCAUUAAAAAAAAAAAACAGCAUAUAUACGGAUGUGUUUGUGCAUUGCAAUCGUAUCUAAAGAUUGCAUAUCUAAAGUUGAUAAUGAGAUGCAAAUUACAUCCUUUUAGGAUCAUUUUUGUUAUCCCUUGAAAUAAAAUAUAUAUCUAUA